UUAAUUAGUUCAGUCGUUGAAAAUCACCUGUUCCAGAUGUUUAUAUUUUGCACGCUGCGUCUGCUCGUUAGCUUUCAGAGUGAUUGAUUAUUAUUUGUUUAUGAAAGAGAAUCUGCUUCUGACGGCUUAGAUUAUUUAUUUUAUUUAUUUGCUUUUGGUGUUUUACUUUCUGUGUUUUCCAGUCUUCUUUAUUGUGGUGGUGUCUUGCAUGAAACAGCCUAUGCUCCAAGAGGCUGAAUUUUUUCUGGAGUUUUUUUUAAUUGGAAGUCACGAUGACAAACUCACAGGUAUGGUUUCGAGGAGUUCGCAGUUCGAAAUUUCGUCACGUGUAUGGUGAGCCAGCCAAAAGAGAAAAAUGUUACGACAACAUUAAUAUAACAAAAAACGCACAUGAUUCUCAAUUUUGUGCGGUCAAUCCAAAAUUCGUAGCUUUAGUGACCGAAGUGGCCGGUGGUGGUGCUUUUAUAGUAAUACCGAUCGAAAGUACUGGCCGAUUGGAUUUUAACGCUAGUCGAGUGACAGGACAUACUGGACCGGUUUUGGAUAUAAAAUGGAAUCCUUUUAAUGACAACGUAAUUGCGAGUUGCUCGGAUGAUUGUACGAUUAAAUUAUGGCAUAUUCCUGAUGGAGGUCUAUCGAUGCAUUUGACCGAGUGGCUGGUAGAACUUCAAGGGCAUAAAAGAAGAGUGGCCUAUAUUGAGUGGCAUCCCUGUGCUGAAAACAUACUUUUCAGUGCUGGAUUCGAUCAUUUGGUGAUCAUUUGGGACAUAGAAAAAGGAGAAACGGUAAAUGUAAUAGACUGUCAUCCAGACGUUAUCUAUUCAAUGUCACUGAACCGGGAUGGUAGUCUUCUAACAACGACAUGCAAGGACAAGAAAUUGAGGGUAAUUGAACCGAGAAGUGGCAUAGUUAAAAGUGAGGGAGUUUGUCAUGCUGGUUCCAAAGCUAGCAAAGUGACAUUUUUGGGUUCGAGCGGUCGUUUACUAACCACCGGUUUUUCACGACAUUCCGAUCGUCAGUAUUCGAUUUGGGAUCAAAACGAUUUAAGUAAACCGUUGACAAUUGAUACUAUCGAUAGUUCUUCAGGUGUUGUUUUUCCUUUCUACGAUUGUGAUACUAAUAUUGUGUUUCUUGCUGGCAAGGGCGAUGGCAAUAUUAGAUAUUACGAGAUUACAGACGAAGCACCUUACAUACAUUUUCUCAGUCAGUUUCUUUCUGGAAAUCCUCAGCGAGGAUUAGGAAUAAUGCCUAAACGCGGUCUAAACAUCAACAUAUGCGAGAUUUUCCGUUUUUACAAGCUUCAUGCGAUCAAAGGUAUCUGCGAACCUAUCAGCAUGAUCGUCCCUAGAAAAAGCGAUCAGUUCCAUGAAGAUUUGUAUCCUGACACUGCUGCUCCAAAGCCGGCUUUGUCUGCUCAAGAAUGGAUCAAAGGUUUAAACGCCAAUCCUAUUUUAAUGUCUAUGAAAUUGGGUGGAAAUAUCACCACCUAUAAACCCAGAGUGUACAAACCUGGUGCGCCUGUCGUGGCUUCACAAAACAACAAAAUGAAAUUUGCAUUUCUUUCAACUGAAACAAUCCCUGAUUACAGACCGAAAGAUUUAAUUGAAGAGAAGAAUAAAAAAACGACUACAAAUCAAACUACCAAAUUUCAGCAGUUGCAACAAAGGUUUGGGCACGUGGAGGUUAAUAAUGAUAUUCCUUUAAUUAAGGAAAUUAACAGUAUGGGAGAUAAUAUUAGUACUGAACACGACUUGAAAGUAGCUUUCAAGCAACAGUCGGAAGAAUUGAGAAAAGUCAAAAAACAACUGGCUCUUAGUGAACGACGUGUGAAAGAACUGGAAGAAAUGGUCAAGAAAUUACAAAAUCAGAAAUAAUUGUAUGCACAAUUUUUUAUUUUAUUGUUACCAAUUAAGUUAUUCUUUUAUGUGAUAACGUAUCAGUGUUAAGUUAUUUUGUGUUUAUGUCAUAAGAGUUGUUGACUUAACUCAGUCAUGUUCUAAUUGUUAAAAAUAGUUGAAGCAAAUUUAGUUUUAUAAGUAGUAUAGGUAUUUUUGCAGCCAAAUCAGUAUUUUAAUUAAUCAGUAGUCGGCGUAGCUUUUGUAUUCAUAUAGAAGGGAGAAAAGUAUGCAAUGCACAUACAUUAUAUUUUUUGUCACAUUUAUUAUAAAACUACAGUUCGUAAUACAUACAUUAUUAUAGUUUGUUGUUCACUGACAAAAGCUGAAUAAGUGUGCUUCAGUUUAAGAAUAUUUGAACAAAUUUAGCUUUAAGCAGGCUUUUGUACCUUUACAUCAGUUGCUUUUUACGUUGUAUGAAAAUAAAGUCUCUCUCAAUAAAUCUAAUCUACCUAA